AAUCCGCACUUCGACGGGCUUGGGCGAUUUGGAAACCCUCGCAAGACCUUGAUUGACUUCUUCCAGGCGUGGUUGCGUUAUCAUCACCUACAGCAUCGUCACCAUGGCUCCUCCCCGGGAUUUGUCCCAUCAUUUUAGCUACACCACCAAGAAUCGCGCCGCGAGUGCCGUCAAGGGCUUUUAUAAGUACUUCCAAAUCCCCGGAAUUGCCAAUUUAGCCGGUGGGUUGCCAAAUGCUUCCUUCUUCCCAUACGACACGCUAGAGGCCGCUGCUGCUCGUCCGCAGCGUUUCCCCAUCACCCCUGAUAACGGCCAGACCAGAGAACCCACGCCCACGGAACGAGUAACCGUACCCAAGGAGAGUCGGAGUGCCAAUAUCCAGAAGAAAAUCGACCUCACCACAGCCCUGCAAUAUGGAACGGUUGAAGGAAUUCCUCCCCUAGCGUCGUUCGUCCAUACCCUCACGCGCGAGCAACUCCACCCCAAUAUCCCCUAUACCGACGGACCCGAUACGCUCCUCACCUGCGGAUCAACCGAUGGAUUUAGCAAGGCCAUCGAAGCCUUCACCAACCCCUGGAAUCCUGAACGAGACUGGGUACAUGUCAGACAGGGAGUGCUCUGCGAGGAGUUUGUUUAUAUGAAUGCGAUUCAGACUGUCGCCCCACGAGGUCUCAACAUCGCCACAGUAGCGAUAGACGAACAGGGAAUGCUAGCGCAAGGCCCAGGCGGGUUGCUAGAUGUUCUUCAGAACUGGGAUUUCCGAAAGGGGCGACGUCCUCACCUCAUGUACACAAUAACCAUCGGCCAGAACCCAACCGGUGGAACCCUGUCGCUCGAACGCAAAAAGGACAUCUAUGCUAUCUGUCAGCAAUAUGACGUCAUCAUCGUUGAAGACGACCCAUACUGGAACCUGCAAUACCCCUCAGCACAAGAACUGCAAGCGAAGCACCGAAGCACCCUCGUAAACACUAGCACUGUGUCGAGGCGCGACUACAAUGCUGCCGGAAAGUCCUCCGGAUACGAGUUCCUCGACUCCCUUGUACCGUCGUAUCUAUCUGUAGACACAGACGGACGAGUCGUCCGCCUCGACACAUUCUCAAAGACUAUCGCUCCUGGUUGUCGUCUGGGCUGGAUCACGGCGCAGCCCGCUAUCAUUGAACGAAUCGCCCGUAUCACUGAAACGUCGACGCAGCAGCCCUCCGGCUUUGUUCAGGCCAUGGUUGCGGAACUAAUUACAGGUCAGCAGGUGGAGGACCGCGUGGUCGCCACGAGCAAGAACAGAACGGAGUUCGAGCAGGGGUGGCAGAUGGACGGGUGGGUCCGCUGGCUCGAGGGACUCCGCGCCGCAUACGAGAGUCGCAUGCAGCAGAUGUGCACGACGCUCGAGGAGGGCAAGUACACGAUUCUUGCGGAUGAGAAGCUGGGUGAGACAGCACUGAGCGAUGACAGCGAGAGCGCCUGGGAAGUCUUAGAUAAGGUGCAAAUGUAUGACUUUGAAUGGCCUACCGGCGGCAUGUUUGUCUGGGUCAAGAUUUGCUACGAAACCCAUCCUCUGAGCCGGAAGUACAAGCCCCAGAGGCUGUCCAAGGCGCUCUGGGUCCAUUUCACGCAUAAACCACAUUUGUGCUUGCUAGGCCCGGGAUCGAUGUUCGCGCCCACGGAGGAAACUCAGGGCCGUGCCUGGCAGUACGUCCGGGUGUGUUUUGCCCCGAUGCCUGUAGAUGACAUUGCUGGCAUUACAGAUCGGCUGGUCGAAGGGUUCCGGGCUUUCUGGCAGAGAAAGGACCUCGACGGUCUUGAGGAUGAGGGUGGCCUUGCAGGAGCCGUGGAUAAUCUGCAAACGGGGGUUGCUAAUAAUUUCUUGGGAAUUGGUUGUUAGUUGGGACAUACUUUGGCGAUCUACAUACAUACAUAUUGGUUCAGAUUUCGGAUACUCCAGCCAUGAUAUUUACAAACCAUUCACUUCAGGUGUCGCUUUCAGUAUAUAGUAUAUACUGUGAUAUAAACCAAGCCAAAAACAUUUUCC